AUGGACUUGUUUCAGUCAUGGACCUUCUGCUGUCUCUCAGCAGCCACCGUCGCUAUUAUCAGCAUCGCCGUGAGGUGGUACCUCCAGAGGAGCCGCUACUUCCAGCUGGGUGCCGGGAUACCUGGACCCACUGGAAUUCCUCUUCUGGGCAAUACGUGUGAAGUGAUCGCCCACAGGGCAGAUAUACUGAGCUACAUAAAGGAACUACGCGACCGCUACGGUGCCGUGUGUAAACUGUGGGUUGGACCGCUACUAUGUGUUGGAAUGAUAGACCCUAAGGACAUAUCAGUAAUUUUAAGUAGCAGCAAAACUUUAAGUAAGCCAAUGAUGUACAACCCAGUUAGCAUAGUCUUCGGCAAUUCGUUGCUUACUGCCAAAUUUGAAGACUGGAAGAAAUUCCGAAAAUUAAUGGAACCGACCUUCAGUAAUCGCAUCAUCGACUCAUACGUCAGCACUUUCCACGAGAAGAGCCAGCGCAUGGCUGACCUGCUGGAGGAACGCUGCCACGGAGAGCCAUUCAACAUGGCGGACUACUCGAUGCCCUGCGCUCUGGAGAUGCUCUCCGAGACGAGUCUGGGCGUGCCGAUGAACAUACAAGGUAAAAAUCAUCAGCACAGUGUUGUAGAAAACUUCCCAAAAAUGAUUGAAGUGGGAGCCUUGUCAUUAUAA